AAGAACUAGAGUAAAAACAGCUUACUGUGCAUCGAUGGAAAUAACUGUCGGGUAACCCGGUUGUUUUGCACUGGCUGCCCUGAGCUUGCCAUCUCAUAUUACAUGCCAAGCGCGAGUGGCCUGUCACAGGUCCGCACAUGCUUGGUGCUUCAGUCGAACUUUCUGUAACCGGUAGAAUGUCCUUUUAAAUUGCCACAUAGGUCUGGUUCUGGACAUUUGGUCAGCGCUCUGUUUAUGCAUAAACUAAAAUCCUCCCAAAAGGACAAGGUACGGCAGUUCAUGUCCUUUACUCAAGCCGGGGAGAAGACCGCCGUGUACUGCCUCACUCAAAAUGACUGGAAACUAGAGGUGGCCACCGACAACUACUUUCAGAACCCAGAUUUGUACCACAAGGAAUCCAUGAAAAGCUCAGUGGACAGAAAAAAGCUGGAGCAGCUUUACAAUCGCUAUAAAGAUCCCCAGGAUGAGAAUAAGAUUGGGAUCGAUGGAAUUCAACAGUUCUGUGAUGACCUCAAUCUGGAUCCAGCCAGCAUCAGUGUUCUGGUUGUGGCAUGGAAAUUCCGUGCAGCAACACAGUGUGAAUUCAGCAAGAAAGAGUUCAUUGAUGGCAUGACAGAGCUGGGGUGUGACAGUCCGGAGAAGCUUCGAGCUCUUCUGCCCAGAUUAGAACAGGAUCUGAAAGAUAGCGGAAAGUUCAAAGACUUCUACCAGUUCACCUUCAACUUUGCCAAGAAUCCUGGACAAAAGGGUUUAGAUUUAGAGAUGGCAGUAGCAUAUUGGAACCUGGUUCUGGCUGGACGUUUUAAGUUCCUAGACCUCUGGAACAGAUUUUUAUUGGAGCAUCAUAAGCGAUCAAUUCCCAAAGACACAUGGAACUUGCUCCUGGAUUUCGGCAACAUGAUUGCAGAUGACAUGUCAAACUAUGAUGAAGAAGGAGCAUGGCCUGUUCUCAUCGACGACUUUGUGGAAUACGCUCGGCCAAUCGUGACGGGAUCAAAACGCAAAACUGUAUAGUAACGCUGCCCCCGGGCGAGAACUCACGCCUUGGUCGCUUCAUUGACUUUGUAGUUUUUUUAAAGACUUGUAAGCAUUAUAAGAGAGAACUAAGAGAAACACUUGAAACUGACAAGCUUUGCAAAAGGAAAAUCAGGAUGGGAAAGAUGACUCAGACUUCCACACAUCACACAGGAAGGACAAGAGUGCGAAACUCAAGAGUCAUCAAAUGCACAUGGCCAACUAUAUUUGCACUGGCGACUCAAUUCUAGCCCGAAACCCUUGGAGAUUUUGGGUGGAUAACUUUGAACCUUGUACCUCAUCUCCAUAGCAAUCAGUGUCACUCUGUAGGGCCGAGUCCUCAUUGCCUACCCACUCCUCACGGUCUGAAUUAUGGAAUAGUCAGUCUCUCCGGUUUCGUUUUAGAUUAUGUACUCAUCUGUCUGGGUGUGUAUCUCAUGCAGGACGUGAUGCUGAUCAUAUCCGCAUUUUAAGCCAGACAUUCAUGGGCAGGACAGCAUGCGGCACACAACACCAGCACUAUUGUUACAGUUGUAAAAUACUGUAUCUACUGCAGCAGUAUGUACAGAGAGAAAUGUAUUAUCAGUAAUGUUUUAUUAUAUGAAAUAUGAGACAUAUGAAAGAAAGGCGUGGUCAAAACAAGAUGCCUCCAUACCAUGUUCUUGUGUGAUUUUAGCUCAAACGUGUCAUCUGCCCUGUUGCAGAACUUGUAACAGCACGGUUCAGUGUUACUCUUUUUUUUUUUUUGUUUACCAGAUUUAUGUUAAGGAAUAAAUUAUUGCCCUUUA